AGGCACCAAGCAUGUGUGAACUUACGCUUGCACUUACACUAUUUCUGCUACACUUCCUUCUCACAAUGUAUUUUAUGUGCAUAAAAAUAUUGCACCACUGUAAGUAAAUUAUGAAGUUAGCUAGAAUCCUCCCCCACAACACAUCUCUGAGGAACUGUGAGAAACAGCAAAUACUUUUAGGAGUAUGAGCUAAUUCUGUGCUUUUCUCUUUCUACAUGCAAUUCUGUAAGAGUUAUCUUAAAUAUUAGGUAGACAUGAGAUGCCCCUAAACUGUGGGGCUUUCUCAUCCAACUGAAGUUGACUGGAGUUACGUCGUCUGUUAAGUAACAUGACUGUUUGCCACCACAGGGAGGAAUACUUUGUAUUUGUUUUAUUAUUUCACCAAUGGAUGGAUGUGAUAAUUCUGUGAUAAUUUUUUGCUGUUUUACAGAUAUAGCAUUGUAAACAAGCAGCAGCUAUGCAGUGUUCCUCCCUUUGGUUGGGAUGUGGUUUUGAUUGGUUAGGUUAACAUUACCUGAAAUCCCCAAAGCAGAGGUAAUGUUUGGGGAGAAAUUGAUGCAAAUAAAAUAGCUGAACCAUAUCCAGUGUUAGAUGUCUUACAGUUUGUAUUAACAGGCUGCUAGAAAUAGCUUUUAAGUAACACUAUGCUGUGUCACUUACUUACAUUAUAGAGUGCUUUUAAUUAUUCUUCAAUAAGCAUGCCAGGUGAUGGUUCAGAUGGAAGUAUGAUAUUGUGUCUGGGGAAUGACGACUCAUAUUCUGCAGUCUCUAGAUCAUCUCUCAUCACUUAGAUAAUCUAACAUGCUAAAUUCUAGCCGGUCAGCCAUUUAGAUAUUUGCUGUAGCAAGAUAGGCUUUCUUACUAGAGGAAACACUUUCCUUGUAUGCUGCAUCGGGGUGUUAGAGAACUAUCAACAAUUUCAGAACAGUAAAGCCAAUGUGCUUCAAUAGUAAUAGAGAAAGCACUCUAAACAAGAAACAGUAAAUUUGCUUCAUUAUUGUUUUUAAUCAUUCAUGUUCUUAAAUAAGAUCACAGUAAACAUCUAUGAAGUAAAAAGCUGUACAUUUGCUAUCUCACAAAGAGGACUGUACCUUAGCAAUACCAAGUCAGCUUUUUAUACUUGAUGCCUAACCAGUAUCAUUACAAUUCCCUGAAAACCAUACUCCCAGGGCUGACUGGGUCCUUUCCCCAGGUGCUCAAUCAGUGGGUCAGGCCAUGACUCAACAGUUACCAUGCAGUAUUGAUGUGGUUCCUGUAGCCUUCUCUCCGUGCAUGGUUGGAUGUAUCUGUCAGCCAGCUGGAGGUAUUUGGGAAGAAGUAGCUAGAGAGGCAAGAAACAGCUGGUUCUUCAUUCACUGAUUCUACAGCGCAGUGGAGGUGUGCUGAGUAUUAUAGCUGCAAAUGUCUUCAUAUUCUGCCUAUGGAGGCUGCCUGGUAUGCGACGGAUUAUGUUUACAUAUUUCACCUCAGAUCCAUCCUCCAAAGCCCUGUGUUCUCCCAUGCUGCUCUCUACGUUUAGUCACUUCUCUCUUUUCCACAUGGCAGCAAAUAUGUAUGUUUUAUGGAGCUUUUCCAGCAGUGUUGUCUCUCUUCUGGGAUGUGAGCAGUUCAUUGCAGUGUAUCUUUCCGCUGGGGUUAUCUCCACUUUUGUCAGUUAUGUUGCUAAAAUGGCUACGGGGAAGUUUGAACCAUCCCUUGGAGCUUCAGGAGCUAUAAUGACUGUCCUUGCAGCUGUCUGUACAAAGAUGCCAGAAGCAAAAUUAGCCAUCAUAUUUCUUCCCAUGUUCACGUUUACAGCAGGAAACGCUUUAAAAGCCAUAAUUGCAUUUGACACUGCAGGGCUUGCUCUGGGCUGGAGAUUUUUUGACCAUGCUGCACAUCUAGGGGGAGCUCUAUUCGGAAUGUGGUACGUGACUUACGGCCAUGAGCUCAUAUGGAAGAACAGAGAGCCGCUGGUGAAAGCUUGGCACGAAAUGAGGACAAGGAAUGCAGGAAAAGGAGGUGGAAGAUCUAACUGACCCUAAUCCCACUGUGCAACUGCCGUACUGAAGGCAUGAGAUUGAUCUGGGAGGGUUUUUUGCUACUCCACAUUAGAAACCUCAGCUUCUUAGAGGCCUGACAUUAACUUCAGUUAUAGAAAUGCCUAUCACUAGAAAAGGACCUCUGACAAAGGUGGAACAAUAAAGUUUUUUACCCUAUUUCUCUGA